CCUCCUCUACCUUUGUGGAUGUCUUGCGCUCCGAAUGAACGCGAUUUCUUGUUGUUUCCGGAGGCUCACUGUCGUGAGUUCCUCUUACCCUCUAAGGUCCCACGUUUGGAGACAAGGGAGGACAAUAGACUUCACGGAGGGAACUUCAGUGCCUACAUCGAAUCGAGGGUCAACCAUUUAACCCGAAUGGAGUGGCGGUAUUUCAACUGAAAGGCAGCCAGAGGUUAAGAAAUCUACCCGUGGAGCACCGUGUUAGUGACCGAGCGUUGUCCAAGAUAUACCCAGACAUGGUUCACUGCCAGCCGAAUUCGCCAAGGACUCUAUUACCGCUUCUAUAAACUUUUUUUUUAAAUACCAGAAACGAGAAGGAGGCAUAGUUGAAAAAGAGCGCGUCUUCUCCUGUUUAUCCGGCAGAAAAAGGGGGAAAGGUAUUGGGAGUAUUAAUUAUGCCUGACCAAAUCACUGUAUCUGAGUUUGUGGUGGAGACCAAUGAGGACUACAAGUCACCCACCGCUUCCAACUUUACCACCAGGAUGCCCCACUGCAGGAACACCGUAGCUGCACUGGAGGAGGCCUUAGAUGUGGACCGCAGUGUUCUAUACAAGAUGAAAAAAUCUGUCAAGGCCAUCUACACAUCUGGUUUGGCUCACGUUGAGAAUGAGGAGCAGUACACUCAGGCGUUGGAGAAGUUUGGAGAAAAUUGUGUGUACAGAGACGAUCCUGAUUUGGGAUCGGCGUUUCUCAAGUUCUCCGUCUUCACCAAGGAGCUCACUGCACUCUUCAAAAACCUAUUCCAGAACAUGAACAACAUCAUCACCUUUCCUCUGGACAGCCUACUGAAAGGAGACCUGAAAGGAGUCAAAGGGGAUCUGAAAAAACCUUUUGACAAAGCCUGGAAGGACUACGAAACUAAAGUCUGCAAAGGGCAUUCCUUACUGAAAGGCACCAAGAUAGAGAAGGAGAAGAAGGAGCAUGCGAGACAGCACGGCAUGAUCAGGAGCGAGAUUAGCGGGGCGGAAAUUGCAGAGGAGAUGGAGAAGGAGAGGAGAUUCUUUCAGCUGCAAAUGUGUGAGUAUCUGCUCAAAGUCAACGAGAUCAAAAUCAAGAAGGGAGUGGACCUGUUGCAGAACCUCAUCAAGUACUUCCAUGCACAGUGCAAUUUUUUUCAGGAUGGUCUCAAAGCUGUAGACAACCUGAAGCCUUCCAUUGAAAAACUGGCCACCGAUCUACACACAAUAAAACAAGUGCAAGAUGAGGAGCGCAAGCAGCUGACUCAGUUAAGAGAUGUUCUUAAGACGGCGCUACAAGUGGAGCAGAAGGAGGAAUCCCAGGUGCGGCAGAGCACCACCUACAGUUUACAUCAGCCGCAAGGCAACAAAGAGCACGGCACCGAGCGCAGCGGCUAUCUUUACAAGAGAAGUGAUGGUUUGAGGAAAGUAUGGCAGAAGAGGAAAUGCACAGCAAAGAACGGAUACCUCACCAUCCCGCACAGCACUGCGAACAGACCGCCGGCCAAACUCAAUCUGCUCACCUGUCAGGUGAAGCACAAUCCUGACGAGAAGAAGAGCUUUGACCUCAUAUCUCAUGACAGAACGUAUCAUUUUCAGGCCGAAGAUGACCAGGACUGCCAAAUUUGGAUCUCAGUGCUCCAGAACAGCAAGGAGGAGGCGCUGAACCAGGCCUUCAAAGGUGACCAGCAUGUUGGCGAGAACAACAUCGUGCAGGAAUUGACCAAGGCCAUCCUGGCGGAAGUGAAGAGGAUGACGGGAAAUGACGUGUGCUGCGAUUGUGGAGCGCCCAACCCGACGUGGCUCUCCACCAACUUGGGCAUCCUCACGUGUAUUGAAUGUUCCGGCAUCCACCGGGAGCUGGGAGUCCAUUACUCCAGGAUCCAGUCACUCACUCUGGAUGUACUUAGCACCUCUGAGCUCUUGCUGGCCAAGAAUGUGGGGAAUGCAGGCUUCAAUGAAAUCAUGGAGGCAGGUUUAAGUGCUGAAAAAGCAGUGAAACCCAAUCCCGCCAGUGACAUGCAGGCGAGGAAAGACUUCAUCAUCGCCAAGUACACCGAGAAGCGCUUCGCCAGGAAGAAAUGUCCCGACUCGGCUUCGCGGCUCCACACGCUGUGCGACGCCGUCAAAGCUCGUGACAUUAUCUCCCUCAUUCAGGUCUACGCUGAGGGAGUGGACCUGAUGGAACCCAUACCGCUAGCCAACGGACAUGAGCAAGGAGAGACCGCCCUCCAUCUGGCUGUCAGGCUGGUGGACAGGACCUCUCUUCACAUCAUCGACUUCCUCACCCAGAACAGUUUAAAUUUGGAUAAGCAGACGGCUAAAGGCAGCACGGCGCUGCACUACUGCUGUCUGACUGACAACAGUGAGUGUCUGAAGCUACUGUUACGGGGGAAAGCCUCCAUAGACAUUGCUAACGAGGCCGGGGAGACGCCGCUGGACAUCGCUCGUAGGCUCAAACACCUCCAGUGUGAAGAGCUGUUGAACCAAGCGUUGGCAGGGAAAUUCAACGCGCACGUCCAUGUGGAGUAUGAAUGGUGCCUGCAGCAUGAAGAUCUGGAUGAGAGUGAUGAGGAUCUCGAUGAGAAGCCCAGCCCCCACCGCAGAGAAGAGCGUCCGGUCAGCUGUUACACACCGAGCACCAACUCCCACUUGCAUGGCCGCGAAACCAAGGACAAGCAGCGCUCCUAUCUGCCAAAUUUGGUCAACAACGAGACCUACGGCACCAUCGUCAACAACAACCCUCCGCAGCAUGGACUGCCCGCCACCACCUCUGCCCCACCACUUCCGCCGAGGAACCUGGUCCAGUUGGUAGGCCUCGGCGGGACGAGUCAGCCCUCGUCGUCCAGCGGCUGGAAGCCCGCUUCCUUAGAACUGGUUGGUCGGCAAAGAUCAUCUUCGGAUCCCCCCAACAUGCACCCCCCUGCUCCGCCCAUUCGGCUUACCUCUACAGCCGGUUUGGGUCCUUCUCCUGCAGGAAAGAUCGACUCUCUUAGUUCACAAUCCAAGUCGGGCCAAGGACCUGCUGGAUCGAGAAGCAGUCAUCAAAAGUCACCGGCAGGGAAUGAUAAAAGUUUCAACCGAACACCACUAAAUCGGACAGCAUCUAUUGAGCGCCCAACUAAGGAAGUGCCAGGAUGCCCCCAGAGCUCCAUAGGUCACGCUCUGCCUGCAGCCCACCACUCUCGGAAGGCCUACACUAAGCACAGGCCGAAGCGAGUGAAGGCCAUGUACAACUGUACGGCAGACAACCCAGAUGAACUAACCUUCUCGGAGGGCGAGGUCAUUGUGGUGGAUGGGGAGGAGGACCAGGAGUGGUGGCUGGGCCACAUUGAAGGAGAUCCGAUGAGACGAGGAGCCUUCCCGGUCACCUUUGUACACUUCAUUGUGGACUGAAAUGUUACUACGGGGGAGGUCAGCAACUGCGCAAAUUCAAAGUCCCGGCGUCCCCUCUCAGUGACCGUGAUGACAUUCAGUGGUGUUUUUGAACUGCCUGGUGUUUGUGACGAGAACACAACCGAAAUGAUUGUAGUGAAUGACAUCUCACGAUAAAAGCACUUUCUCUUGCCGCGCCGUCACACAGGAUGAAGGUUGUGCACCACUCUCUUCCUCCUCCUCAUCGCCCUCCAAGUGAAAUGAGCAGGCAGCAGGCCUUAACUGUGCACGAGCAAAUUAAAACACAUUUAUGGCGGAGGUUGACUUCACGAUGCCGUUUUAAAAACAAACCAAAGGAUGGCAGGAGGCUUCCCAAUUGUCCCAUUUUGGGAGAGAAAAAAAAACGACCAACCACGUGUCAUGUUAUGCUCUCUCUGCCUUGUAAUGUAAGUGAGCAGCAUGACUCCUUCUUUUAGUGUGUGUGUGUGCGUGUGUGUGUGUGUCAUCUCUGCCUUAUUAAGUAGCAAGGAAAUGUCUCUGUGUCGUAAACUGACAGUGUAAAAAUAUGGCCAAAAAUAUCAUAAAUGUCCCCUCUGGAGUUCAAGUGCAUUAUUACUAUAUGGCGAUGACACCAGAACGUAAGUGUGCAUUUUUUGGACAAAAAUAACCCUUACUAUCACACUUUUGCUGAAUACACUGUUUUUAAAUGUAUAGUUUGCACAAUGAAACAUGACUUAUUUUCACACGUUUGAGAUUAUGCUAAACGUUGCCAGGAUCCUUUCAAAUUGUGCAAAACUGUCCUCACAAACAUUGAUAUAUGACACAUUUUCAAAUAGCAAAAAAAGCCCCACAUAAAAUGUUGAAUAUUGGAAUAUAAAACACAACUCCUUGGUGCUUUGCCGCUUUUUUUGUUGUUGUUGUAUCAUUUCCACAAUUAACUCAUUCACUCCCAAAGACGUUUUUAAACGUCUUUUCAGACUUGGUCCAGAAUUGGCUGGUACUGAAUGAGUUAAGAGAUCCAUUCAACUUCAAAUUUGCCCAGACUAUGAAUACCGGUACUUUUGAAUGUACCUGUGUGCGUGCGUGCUCAUUAUGUCUGUGUGAUGAGCGCUUGACAUUCUGCCUCUCUUGUCUAGACAUUUCUCUUGUGUUGACAUUUCCACACAAGAAAAAUGCCCGGAUGAGCUUCAUUGACUCCAUUAGACAACUAACGUCCUUCUUCCUGCAUUUGUACAGAAAGUGCGUUGUUUUUCAUAUUAACACAAGCAUUCAAUGUAAUUAAUUUCGAGUUGUGUUGCGGAGCAACUGUGUAUACGCAAAAAUCAUAAUGAAUGUUCCUUUUGAAGCUGACACCAUCAGAGCCUUGGUGAGUGACAAAAAUCGCAGCUAAUAUUCAAUGUGUUUUUAUUAUUAUUAUUAUUAACUCACUGGAAACAGGAUCUAAUCUAUACAUGUGUAAAUAGACGUGUAUCUUAUUUAAAUGUAGCGAGUCUGAAGGGUACACUGACAGCUGGACUUUAGUGUAAGUGUAGAAAAAAAAUCAUCAGUUGUCGUCAUUGGAUGUACAUAAAUGGGGAAUGAAACUGGAAUAAAAUGACAUAAAGAGUGUCUGUCGUUGCUUCCAGGAAGCGUGAUGAAAGUGGCUCAGUAUGUGCAAAUGUUCAUUGAUUUGAAAGCUUUUAAAGCAAGGUGCCUGUUCUGUUCCAUUAAUGUUGAGUCCACUUAAGGCUUAACUCCAACUAGUGCGAGUAUAUCAAGUGUCCAGCACUUUCUCAUGUCCUGACAGCUUCCUUCCAUUCUCUUUUCCACUGUAGGUGAGAAACAAUUCAGAACCCCAAAAAAAAUCAUGUGGCUAACAAUGCUUUAUUAGCCUGUCAGUUGUGUUUAAUCCCAUACCAAAGGUCAUUCAUCACCCUCUGAGAAAUUGUUUAUUUUUUUUCAAUUGAAAGCUCAUUUUGCUAGUUAGCUAGGCUGUGAGAGGUUUUUAUUUUUAGUUCUUAGGUUACAAAGAAUCAAGUGAUUUUAUUGUUAGUUCUGUGCAAUUGAUAUCAGAUUAAAAUUGUAUUCGGGCCCCACCUCAAAAUGAGUUUGACACCCCUGCUCAACUGGAAAAAUGGUGUUGAAAAUGGAUGGAUGUUAGCUUGCUAACGGGCUAUUUAGCCAACAGCUAGCUACCCAGACCAUAGACCAGUAGAUUAACGGGCAAUACAUUUUGGUGAUAGAUAAAGUCAUUGAAUGUACAUAAUGAUCAAACUGUUGCCAGUACAGGCGAAGUAACAGGUUGACAUUCUUAACUGUCAUGCAAGUAUAAAGAGAAGUGAUCCCCUAUACAUUAAAACUAAAAUGAAGUUGUCUGUGUGUGCUUUGCGAUUGACUGGCAACCAGUUCAGGGUGUACCUUGCCGACUGCUGGAAGAUGACUGGGCUAGGCUCCAGCAUGCCCGCGACCCUCAUGAGGAUAAGUGGAUCAGAGAAUGGAUGUAU